UAGAUAAAUAAUAAAGUUGGUAGCCAACUGUUAGCAGAAUAUUUAUAGUGGAAGGUCAACUAGUAUGAUAUGAUAAAUUUGGAUUCUCAUCAUUAUUAGUAAAGCAAAGAGAGAUGAAGCUUUUUGUGUUGUUGUGGUUGUUGUUGUUGUUGUUGUUGGAAGUUAAUAGUGAAGAUUCAUGUACUUCAAAUCUUAACCUAAAAAACAAACCUCUGUUUGAUACUUCUUCAUUUCAUUGUGUUUCAGUAUGGGAUGAACAAGGUUAUAUCCUGAGAUAUUUGCAGACGGAUACAAAAGUAUGGAGUUUCCUCUUAUCAGCUCCAAAUAGCAAUUCAUUCAUAGGGAUGGGUUUUUCAAAAGAUGGUAAAAUGGUGGGUUCAAGUGCAAUUGUUGGAUGGAUAAGCAACGAUGGGUCUUCCACCAUGAAAAGGUAUUAUCUAGGUGGACAAUCAUCGGCACAAGUUGUACCAGAUGAAGGGAAUCUUCAAUUGGUGAAUAUGACAUCUUCUAUUAUAGCUGAAAAUUCAAGGAUUUAUAUGGCUUUUCAAUUGAGCACCGCAGUAACACCCACAAAUCGACUUAUUUACUCCCUCGGUCCUAACGGACGCCUACCAUCACCCAUCAAUUAUCAGUUGUCACAACAUCGCGCACAUAUCUCCACCUUCUUUGAUUAUAAGUCAGGUGAAAGUAAAUCAAAGAUCCCUUAUGCAAAUCUUAGGAGUAGUCAUGGAGUGUUGAAUAUGUUGAGCUGGGGUAUUUUGAUACCAAUUGGGGUCAUGGUUGCUAGAUACUUUAGGCAAUAUGAUCCAAUAUGGUUUUAUACUCACACAACUAUUCAAUCAAUUGCCUUUCUCCUUGGAUUUUCUGGUAUUGUAUGUGGUUUUGUUCUUGAAGAUCGUCUUAGCGCUCAUGUUGAUAAACACAAAGCCAUUGGCAUCUUCAUUCUUGUUCUUGCUUGCUUGCAGGUCAUUGCAUUUUUGGCUCGACCAGGAAAGGAAUCAAAAGCAAGAAAAUAUUGGAAUUGGUACCAUCAGAUAUUGGGAAGGGUUUUGAUAAUUUUGGCAGCAGCAAAUAUUUUCUAUGGAAUCCAUUUAGGAGGUGCAGGGACUGCUUGGAAUGUUGGUUUUGCUGUUACUCUUGUUGCAUUAUGCAGCAUUUCUAUCGUUCUAGAAAUAAGGUUGUGGAUGACUAAGUAAAUUACUCCUUCGUCCUUUUCGUUUCUAUUCUUCUUCCAACAAAUAUUAUAUAUUCUUUUAUGUUUUA